GGACGACUGGGCACCUAGCCCAGGACAACUCGUCCCUUAGUUUAGGACAUGUCUUCACCACAUAUACUCAGUACAAUUUACAUCAUUUGUGUAAUUUGGGCUCGUAAAACACUUUUAACGAUCUUGGAGCUCUAGUCGAUCUCAUGACUAUAAAUUAUUUUCACUUUGCUAGGCAGAUAUUUUCCUAGCGUCGGCUAACUUGGGUGCGCUCUGAGCGGAACCACUGUGACCUUGUCGGCCCCGGCCGUCAGUUCACCCGAGUCGGCUCAGAGACUACUGGAUUAUUUUUUUACAUUAUAUACGUGUACUUGUAGGCUAAAAACUACAUGACAUUAUGAAGCACAGGGCUCUCCCCAGAAAAUUUUAGGGGAGUGGUGCUGGAGGGCGCGCUGCGGCCGAUGUAACGCAACGCGUGGCUAUGAGGGGGAAGUGGUUCGGAGAGGCAGGAUUCCUGGAGAAGCUGUUGCAUUUUGCCUUAAUGAAUCACAAUUUGAAGCCUUCCCCUGACACUUAAGAUUUAAAAUCUUUCAAAUUCAGACUAAUUGACUUAAGGACAAAUAAGGCAACAAUUUAUAAAGAAAUCCCUGAACAUUACAAUACAUGUCCAAGUUAAGUACAUUUUCAAUGCAAACUAUAAGCUAUAUCUAUUGAAAUAUGAAAAGAAAUGCAACUUAUGCAACUUGACAUGUUAACUAAUCUAGGACUAGUAGGUGGCUCUUUGAAACAAAUUUUAUGAGAAAUUACAGCUGCUGACGACGGCAAAAAAUGAAGCUUAUCUUUGCCACAAAACCAGAAUUUUUGAUGGGAAAGAAAGGCAAGGGAUAAAUUUUGGGUAGAAAUCAUGGCAAAUCAACAGGUAGGAGCCUUUUAGAAGCUUGGCACUACUAGCAGCACAGUCUGAUAAAGAUAAACAAGGUCUGUUGUCUGUUUUUUUCUCAGUCUUCCUUGUCUUGAAAAACAGGUUUUUAAUGAGAUUAUCAUAUGCGAAAGUCACCAACAUCUAUUGUCUACACACAUAACAAUAGGAAAAAAACAAAGGAGUGUGAUUUUUGCUGCCAACCCCAAGCCCACUGACACAAAGGAAGGGUGAAUGUGUCAAUUUCUCUGCAAAAUAUGAGACCUCUCUCACUAAAACUUCAGGGAAUCCAGUUGUUUUUCCCCCUAGUUGUCCUCAAAAGACAUAGAGAAACCCCUAGAGUUGAAAAUUAGGGGAGUGGCGCCAGGAUUCUCGGGAGUGGUAGUUGCCACCGUCAGCACACGGCUGACUUUUGCCCAAUCUGGAGAUUUUUUAAUUUUUUAGCUAGAAGGGACAGGUAAAGGGUUCUGCAAGAUGAUCAGGAACAGCAGACGAAAGGGCCGACAGACUUAUGAAGACAUCGUUGAUGGCAGACAGUACCAGAAGAUCAAGCAGUUGCAGGACACCAAGAACAUGUCCCUACUGAUGAACACGGAUGGGGUGAGGAUCUUCAAGUCCAGCAACUUUGGGAUUUGGCCCAUCUACUUCACAGUAAAUGAGCUACCGUACCAUGAAAGGACCAAGCGAGAGAAUCUAAUCUUUGCUGGUGUGUGGUUUGGCAUCUCAAAACCAAAGAUGGUGGCUUUCAUGGAACCCUUCGCCCGAGCACUUCGUAAUCUCCAGAAAGGGGUUAUGGUCCAUCCACCAGAUGAACCAUGUUUCACCACAAAGGUGUACCUUAUCGGAUGUACUGCUGAUCUGCAAGCCAAAGCCCUUGUCAUGAACAUGAAACAGCACAACGGUAACUUUGGCUGCCCCAAAUGCAAGCAGAAAGGCACCCACUCGGGAAGCAAACACCAAUGGCCGUUUCAAGCUGCUGACCCAAAAGGCCCGAGACGCACGCAUGAAGAAACAAAAAGCCAUGCUGCAGCCGCUCUGGAUGCCAACAAAGACGUAUUUGGGAUUAGAGGUCCAGCAUCAUGGUUGACGGUUGUUCCGCAUUUUGACAUCAUCGAAGGCAUGGCAGUUGACUACAUGCAUGGGGCACUCCUUGGUGUCACGAAACGUCUCUUGUUAUAUUGGAUGUCAGAAACGACAGAAAAUAAGAAACAGAGAUGGUAUUGUGGUCAUGCCAAGUCAGAAAUCGAUGCAAUGUUAGAGGACAUAAAACCACCCAUGGAAGUCCACCGGAGACCAAGGAGUAUCACUGGACAACUUCAGCAUUGGAAAGCAUCAGAGUUUCGUGCAUGGCUACUGUACUACUCGCUCCCCAUCAUGAUCCACUUCCUGCCAACUGAUUUCUACGAACACUACACCCUAUUCGUAACGGCCAUACACAUCCUCCUGCAACAAUCGAUCACCACUGAUGACCUAGACAAGGCUGAGGAUUUACUUCUACAGUUUGUGGCCCAGUUUGAAGUUCUUUAUGGAGUAAAGGAGGUUGUAUGCAAUGUGCACAGUCUUGUGCACUAUGCUGACAAUGUGCGGGAGUUGGGGCCUCUUUGGGCACAUUCCUGCUUUUACUUCGAGGACCUGAAUGGGCAGCUCAGACAUCUAGUUCAUGGUACUAAUGGCAUUGUCGAUCAGCUGAUGAGGGCUGUAUCCAUCGUUCAGAAAUUUCCUGAGGUCACCAGAGAUUGUUUCCAACCUGGGACACCCGCACAGGACUAUUUCGCCAAGGUCUGGAAACAAGCAAGCCCAGAAGAAAAGUCCAACUACCAGAAGAUCGCAGAUCGCUGUUUUGCUGUAGGCAAUCUGAAGAAGGACAAGAAAGAUCAAAGUGGACUUCUGAAGAUGACCCAUUAUGAGGCCAUCAUGCAAGCUACACAGCAACCAGUACUAGGAGAUUUGUUCACUUACGACAGAAUGCUGAUGAAAGGUAAUAUGUACCAUUCUCAGGCAUACAAGAGGGUCUACCGACAUAACUCUUACACGGUAAUGUUCGGGGAAGAACGGAAAGUUGGAGAAGUGCUCUGCUAUGUGCAACACAAUUCUAAGUCAUGUUCCUGUGUUGACAAAUGUGAGUGCCCCCAACGAGCACGACACUACGCCAUCAUCAAUGUGUUCCAGGCAGUUCCAGCAGGAGAAAACCUCAAUGACAUCACUCUCCAGUCUGUGCCACAUGUCAACAAAUACACUCUCUCCAACAUGUUUGAAGCUGUUGCUCUCAACACUCUGAUUGCAAAAGUAGUACCAGUAGCACUUGAUGGUUUCAUUUAUGCUGCAGAACUCCCCAAUUUCUAUGAAAAGGAGUAGUUCAGUUGUGUUUUUUUUCACUGCACAUCGAUUCUUAAUGUUUUGGACAAUGCACAAGCUUAAGGUAUGUACAUGAAAGCGUUUAUCAAGUCAUCAUUGGCUACUGGUACAAUGUACUUGUUGUGUGGUGAUAGAGUACUCUACUGUACUUUUGUGAUUAUAUUGACACUUUGUGGUCAUACUGUACUUUAUGGUUAUACUGUACUUUUGUGAUAAUACUGUACUUUGAUGAUUAUCAUACUGUAAUUUGUGAUUACACUGUACUUCUGUGAUUAUACUAUACUUUGUGAGUAUGCUGUACUUUUAUGAGUAAACUACUUUUGUGAUUACUCAGUUACUGCACUUUUGUGAUUAUACCAUACUUUGGUGAGUAAACUAUAGUUUUUAAUUGGUCAGUAUACAGUAUGGUACUUUGGUGAUUUCAAGUUACUGUACUUUUGUGAAUAUAUUGUGUGUUUGCUUUUUUUGUACCUGAGCAAACCCUCAAUGGAAUACAUUGUACCUGAUGCUUUCUCCCAUAGUUAAGUACUUUGGGGAUUUUAGUCCAUCUUUGAGAUAUUGAUGAGCAAUGUUAUGCACAUGCAGUAGGCUCACAAUGGGAAGCCAGCAAAGUAGAAAUUAUUUUUGGAAUGUUUCUGCAUGAACAUGUAUAUGUAGGGGAUCCGCCAGUCAAUCCGCCAUGCAAAUUGAUGGUUGAAGAACAUCAAACAUGU